AUGUCAGGCCCACAGCAAGCCAGCGCGGCGGCCGCAUCCAGUAACGGGCCAUCUGUAUCGGAUCCGACAGCACCAUCGUCUUCGUCCGCUGUCCCUUCGGGCCACGACGGCAUUGCGCAAAAUGGAGUCUCCCACUCCAUGUCGGGCACACCAGACGCUGUUACCCACCCGGGGCUGCGCAUGGCAACGAGCAAUGCUGCCCACAGGGACGGCCGAGUACGAAAUCCCAUCCCUAGCAAGCUGAAGGGAAAGACGGACGAGAACAAAGGCAACUUCAAUGUCAUGCACAUGGAUAUCUCUCAUGUAGCCGAGAGCCAAGCGAGAUAUGAUGCCGCGAAACGCAACAGUGAAAGCGUCGCUCUUCAAGCCAAGAUGGCCGAGACUGAUCAUUAUGUAUCCCACCAUAGAAGAGCCAACUAUCAACGCCCCCGUCCUCUGGGAAGAUCCCAAGUAGCUGCCGCUGCCGCUGCUGCCGUUGCCGCGGGCCGAGAUUCACCAGAGCCUCAGCAAGAUCCCCCUCCAAUUCCGCGGUCUCGCAUACCCCUCACGGCGGAGGAGGCCAAGAUGGAGCAAGCGCGUCUGUUGACUCUUCUUCGUGGCCUGAACCCACUUGACGUAGUGAACCAGAUUUGCAAGGCAUUGGCCUAUUUUGGUGGUGUACCCGAGGCUCCUCCGCCACCAGAUGGAAAUUUCCCCGAAAGCGCUGAGGCGAACGGCUCUGGCUCGUUGUUUGUGGGCUGGAUUGCCGAGAUAUUUCCUGAUCUUGACCGACCUCGUCCACGGCCUGCGCCAGUAUUGAGGCUGGCUGAUCCACCGAAGCGCCCCAGAGGCCGGCCAAAGGGGAGCAAGGCUUCCAAAAUACGGAGAGACAAGGGCAUCAAGAAGGGCUCCAAGGCCCAUGGGCAAGGUGCUGCUGCGGCAGACCGAGGCGAAGACGAUCAGCACGGCCCCGAAGAAAGCUGGGUUGAUGUGGAUGACACCAUGAUGGAGGUGGACGAAGACGGGGAUGCUGCUGAUGCCGUCGAGAGACGGGUGCUUAUCCUACUAAACAAAACGCCUCCCCGAACGACUGAUUCUGGAGCCGCUAACGUGACCCCGGCCACAGGCUCAACAACCGGUUUCACAUCUAUCAAUAAUACUAUUGCCGAAGCUUCAUCAGCUUCAAAACGCCGUGGUCGACCGAAAGGCUCCAAGAACAAACCGAAGGACUCCCGUUCUCGGCAGAUCCCUCAGCAGACCCAAGCGCCCCCCAUAGCAAAUAGCGUUCAGUCUCCAGCUCCAGCGCCGGUUAUGGAAACUCCAGCCCCAUCAGCAGCAGACGGACAGGCGAAAAAGAAGACCAAUGCAGGACGACCCAAGGGCUCCAAGAACCGGUCCAAAGGAGCCGCUGAUGGCUUAACUCCACAGACGUCGGUCGCAACGCCCCAGCUGCCAGCUGGAACACAACCUCCUACCAGCACGUCGUACAUCCCACCACCAACUUUUCAGUCCAAUACAGUGAACCCUUCUCAGAGCUCGGCAGCUAGUGGAACUGCUUCUGCUAAGAAUAGGCGCACACAGCUGCCGGCUCAGUCGGCCCCUCCUGUCAACCCCGUUCUCAACCAGUCAACUACUACGCCGCAGGUCAAAGAGUCCUCGGUCGUCGGAGCAAAACGGAAGCGUCAGAGUAAUAAGGUUGCGGGGCCUCUUUCCAAUGGAGACGGGCUUGCCAGCUCGGCAGCUGCUACGUCGUCGGCACAGCAACUUCCCACGGCAUCGCCAAUGAUCAAUCCUAGCCCUGUUGUGACUCAAGCGAAUGAGUCUGAGAACUCUUGGGACGCAAAUGGUACAGCUGCUCCUGCGGCAAAACGUACGCGUAAGUCGAAUUCGACGGUCUCGAAGCGUCAGAGCAUCGUAGGCAACGAUGGGCCCGCGGCAGGAGGCAGCAGUGAGCCAACAGAGCUCUCAAGCCCCACGUCUGCGACUACCCAGAACCACACCGCUGCGGAUGGAUUAGACGCCCAUCUCGAGCGAUUCACUGCCAUGGCCCAAAGUAAUCGAAAUCACAUGUACGGGAAUCGUCCGCCGGUAACGAACUCGACUAGCCAAAUAGCAUCUUCGGCACCACCUGCCGAAGGCCUUAGGGCGCAUUAUGAGCAUUUCGCACAUCUGCAGAAUACACAGCAGAACACGAACCAAAACAAUAGCGCUCGCCAACACCAACAACAACAAACAGGCCAGAUCGCAUCCCCCACACCAUUACAACUGUCCAAGUCUUCUACGCUAUCGUCGCAGCAGCAACAGAGACCUACGUCGAACUACUACACCCAGAAUCAGGCUUCAUCAUAUACCGCACAGCAAGGUUCCGCCUACCAUACGAAUCAACGCAUGAGUUCCGGUUCACCUGCGACUACUCUCGUAUCGCACGUGGCACACUCACCACAGUUCGGUGCGCAGAGCAGCAACUCGCCCCUGAUGGGUACAGACACAUCCUCAUUCCGUGGCUCGCCCUUGCAGGGGAUUCCUGGGCAUACAAAUCAAUCUUUUGCACCGCGGCGGACUCCCUCCGCUUCUCCAAUGGACAACGCGAAUUACCGCCAAGCCGGGAACGUUUCGACCCAGUCCCCACAUUUCGGCUCAAACAAUACUCGACAACCGGCAAACAGCUCACAUGCUGGAGUGGCUUCAGGCUUUCCAUCAUUCUCUGAUCCGAGCUUCCUAGAUAUUGAUGGGCUCGGAAAUUCGGCUAGUGGCCACGGCGGCAUGGGAUUGAACAACACGGGCUACAAUCUAGGAAGUACGGGCACGACACAACGGUCGGGUAGUAGUAAUACGGGUGUCGGUUCUACGUACGGCACUACUGCGAUGAACCGAGGGUAUCGCGGCCAAAAUCAAUGGUCUUGA